GAGCGCUUCACCUAAUCGAAGCGCAGGACCACCCUGACGUCACCUAUCAUCUGCUGUGCUGUGUUCUUCCUUCCGUGAGAGCAACGGGGAUUGGCCAUCGGAGGGAAAGGGACGCUUAAGGCAAAAGACAGGCUCUUCUACAAUGGAUGGGGCAGAUGGUACUGCUGACCUUGUGAUUAACAAGAGAUUUGUGUCUGAUUCUGAGCUAGAGGAGCAAUGGAAGAGGAGGCAAGAGGAAUGGGAAAAGGUCAGAAAACUUGAGGAUCCAGAAGAAUGCCCAGAGGAGGCAUACAACUCACAUUCCUUUUAUGAAAUACUUCAGGAACAGAGAGAAAAAAAGCAGGAGUUUGAGGAGCAGUUUAAAUUCAAAAAUAUGUUAAGAGGCUUAGAUGAAGAUGAGACUCAUUCCCUUGAUGAGGUUUCUCAGCAGCAAGAGCUACUAGAAAAUCAACAAAGAGAAGAAGAGCUGAAAGAACUAAACGAAUACAGAAGUACUCUCACUGAAGUGGGAGUCAGUGUGGACCCAAAGAAGGAAACUGAGAAGAAAUUGCCCAUGAAGUCAGUGGAAAACAAGAAAACAUUCUCUCAGGCAAAGCCGUUAGCAGGAGCUGUGAAACACAGAAGAGCCAGCCAGGAGCCAUGGGAAGGGACUCCCCACAGCUUUGCGCGCUCCCAUGACACUGCCCACAGCCCUUCUCCAGCUGCCGCCACCCAUCCACCCGCUGAGCCUUAUCUUGGGACCCUCCAGCUGUUAUAACAGGGGCUGGCUGUGACUUCAGCCAAAGUCCUGUUCUUAGAGCAACAAUGGCAGCUCUCCAGGUUUGUGACCUCUCUCGUGCUGAGCAGGUUCCCCAGCGCAUCCUUGUGGUCCACAAAGCUUCUGCUCAGGUUUUGUGGAUGCUGUUACUGUAAAGCAGUGAUGGAAAAACAGCUUGUCCCCAGAUGGAAGACUGCUGAUGGCACCAGGGCAUGGGAUCCUGCCUCCCCCCAGCUCCCUGGCACUGCUCAGGACCUCGCAUGCCAGGAAAGCACUGGCACUGAGCAGCUUGGAGGUGGAGAGGCAGCCAUGAUGGGAUCCCAGGAGAUGCCAGCUACCACUAUUGAGGUUAACAACACUUCACAACCCCAGGGAUUGCCAGGCAGCACUGGGGCCAGGGGGUUCUCUGCUGCAAGCUGGCAGCUUGCUCCCUGAAAUCCAUAUGAAGACCUCUGAGCUCUGGCAGCGCCACCUCGGUCCUCAGCCAGAAGAAAAGCAGAAGAGCUUCGGGAUAUGCAGCUUAGACCCCAACAAAGAAGCAUUUGAAGACACAAAGUUAAUUAUAGUGCAAAUACUUACCCAUGAGUAUGCUGCAUGCAGUGCCGGGAAGCAGGAUCCUGACUUUGCAGAUGGACGCUGGGGACAAAGAGCAGCUGCCUGCAGUGAGUGAGUGCCACCAGUGUGGCCAUGCUGCCUGCAGGCAGCUGAUAUCAGUGUGUCAGUCCGGGGCUAACACAACCCCCCUGCUAGAGUUUUUCCUUCAUUUUAAGAAAGCCAUCAUGAUUAGUAUGCAUCAGGGAAGCAAAGAGACCAGCAGAACAGAUCUGGCACAGCACAUGGAAAUAAGGAUUUUAAAAGCACUUAUCAAAAGUUCUGGAUAAAAUAGCCAUGAAUCUCACACACUGAUGUACAAAUGAAAUUACCAAACUCUGCAUUCCUUUGAGCAAAGGGAAAGUAACACAGGGCUGGAAGCCAACAACUGUUGCAUGUUGGAACUGAUACAUGGGUAACCAAUGUACAGGGGGGUAAUACAGAGAAAUUGU